UCCAAAGACAAGACCGCGGUGUGAAAACUUUUAUAAACUUCAUCCUGUCAAAGGAAAUAAGUGACAAAGUGCCACACGUGAUUUUUUUGUGACAAGGAGGUCAAAAUGAUUGGAAAAUUAGUACCUAUACUGUUCCUAUUGGGAUCUGUUCUCGCUGGUGACGCCGAGCCCAGCACCACAGCGAAGACUACAACCGUUAAAGUGACAACAGCCGCUCCUACCACCACAACUACCGCUAAACCCGCCACCAAAACUAACGGAACGGAAUCGAUAACCCCUUACAAGCCGUUCGAAGGUGUUGACCCUAAUACUCUGUCUUGUGAUCCACAGGGACAGAUCUUCCUCCUGUUGCCGCAUUUCACGGACUGCACCAAGUUCUUCAUGUGCGCGCACGGCGAGGAAGUCCAGUUUGUGUGUGCUGGUGGACUUUACUUUGACUUCGAGAGACAGACUUGCAACUGGCCUAGAGAUACUAAUUGCAUACUUCGUGACUUGCCUGAAGAUAAUGAUGUGGAAGGUUCAGGAGAGGAGGCUUUCGACUGGCUUUCUGAUAACGCCGAUAAGGCGUCAGAUGGUUCCGUGGUCAGUUUGACAGCGGACGCGGUGCUGAACGCCGUAAGGCCGCUGUCGCUGGAGACGCCGCCCCGCGGCAACGGCAACAAUAUCAUCCUCAACUGCUUCAGAGCUGACUCCGCUUCCAGACAAGUGCCUUACAAGGGUGACUGCCAGCGCUACUGGCGCUGCAUGAACGGUGUGCCGCAAGUGGCGUACUGUACGGACGGACUGUUCUUCAACGAGAGGACUCAGCAGUGCGACUACGAGGCCAAUAUCACGUGUCAAGUGGAACAGGAAGACGAACUGAAGAGCGAGUUUAUCAAAGUCAAGUAGAACAGCACACGAACACAGAAGACCAAAGACCAGUGACAUAAUUUUUUAUUUAGUCUGUACUUUUUUGACAGUUUUCUGUUUGGUUUAAUUUCAAAAUUUUGUUAUCUGUUGUUAAUUAUUCUGUAUUUUUAUUUAUUUAA